AUGCUCAACAUCGACAUAGCCAUAGUGUCAAGUGUAGAAGAGGGUGGCCUGCGAGUAAUAAGCCCAGGUGAUACAUCUAACAGGGACUACAACCUCAACCGGACGGCACUUCUAGGCCACGAGGCCGUGGAACAUUACCACAGUCUAGACAACGUUACCACCCUUUCGGCUGAGAAAGGGGAGGAUCUUGUCGACUACAUGAAGAACAAGUACGGUGAAGGAAACAUCUCGGAGGAAAUUUGUCCGAAGUGCUGCAAGAAAUUUAAGUGCCUUUCUGCGGGAAUUUAUGCCGACGACUGUUAUGCUUGUUACAUGUGCUCUAAAGAGGAGGAAUGGUACUUGUACGAAACGUAA